AUGGCGUCCAGAGCAGUCUUGCCUCUGAUGAGGCGUGAUAUACGCUCUCGAAUUCUACGAUCUAGCCCUUCCUCACUUCUGGCCUCUGCAGCCUGCACUUCGCCUCAAGUUAUCCCCGCGCGACGGAUAGCCUAUCGAACUGCUUUAUUCACACCCCCAGUCCAGACCCGCGCGUUUUCACAAUCAAUAUCACGGCUAUUUACCGAUGAGAAUGGCGACUUUGACCCUCGGGCAUUAGACCGCGAGUCAGACGAUGUGGAUGUUUGUAUUGUUGGCGGUGGUCCUGCCGGUCUCUCGGCCGCUAUUCGGUUAAAGCAGCUUGCCAACGAAGCUGGUAAUGAGGACUUCCGAGUGAUUCUGCUGGAAAAGGCUGGUGAGAUUGGCGCCCAUAUUUUGUCUGGAAACGUGUUCCAACCCACUGCCAUGAAAGAGCUCUUUCCCGACUGGUUGGAUGAAGAUAACCCCUCUCGCUUCGAGGGAGCAACACCAGCCAAGGCCGACAAGAUGCGCUUCCUCACCAAGAACUCCUCAUUCCCGCUCCCUGCUCCGCCACAGAUGAACAAUCAUGGCAAUUACAUUAUCAGUUUGAACGAGUUGACAAAGUGGAUGGCAGAGCGUGCGGAGGAGGUGGGUGUGGAAGUCUACCCCGGCUUUGCGGCAAGUGAGCUUGUUUACAAGUCUGAUGGCUCAGUGAAGGGUGUUGCCACUAAUGAUCUUGGUCUGGACCGACAAGGAAAGGCCAAGGAGACAUUUGAGAGGGGCAUGGAGUUCCACGCUCGAGUGACCCUGCUCGCCGAGGGCUGCCACGGAAGCUUGACGAAGCAGGCUAUUAAGAAGUAUGAUUUGCGCCGUGACAGCCAGCCUCAAACGUACGGCUUGGGAAUUAAGGAGAUUUGGGAGAUCAAGCCCGAGAAUUUCCGUUCUGGUGAGAUUAUGCACUCUAUGGGAUACCCGCUACCGCUGGAUACCUACGGGGGUGCCUGGAUGUACCACUUCGGAGACAACAUGGUCAGCAUUGGGUUAGUUGUGGGAUUGGACUAUCCUAAUCCAUGGCUCUCGCCGUAUGGAGAGUUCCAGAAGAUGAAGCACCACCCGAUUUUCAAAGACGUACUAGAGGGCGGCAAAUGUAUCUCCUACGGUGCUCGUGCAUUGAAUGAAGGUGGCUUUCAGUCCAUUCCUAAGUGUGCGUUCCCAGGCGGUGCUCUGAUUGGUGACACGGCCGGCUUCUUGAACGUCCCUAAAAUCAAGGGUACUCACACCGCCAUGAAAUCUGGCAUGUUGGCCGCAGAAGCUACCUUCUCUGCACUGCAGGGCGAAGACCAGGGUACUGUAUUUUUGUUCGAUUACGAAAAGGCUCUUCGGGACUCGACUAUUUGGAAGGAGCUGUAUGAAGUACGCAACAUCAGGCCUUCAUUCAAUGGGCCCCUUGGAUUCUUUGGUGGACUAGCCUAUUCUGGACUGGAAGCCUAUAUUCUCCGUGGCCGUGUGCCAUGGACUCUUAGUCACCACGGUACCGAUGCCGAAGCCACCAAGCCCGCAUCCCAAUAUACCAAGAUUGAAUAUCCCAAGCCCGAUGGCGAAAUCAGCUUCGACAUCCUGACCAGUGUCAGCCGUACCGGUACCAACCACGAAGAGGACCAGCCAGUGCAUCUGCAGGUGGAGGACUGGGAUAAACACACAGAUCUUGCAUGGCCUGUGUACAAGGGUGUAGAGAACCGGUUCUGUCCUGCCGGCGUGUACGAAUACGUUGAAGAUCCAAGCAAAGAGCAUGGAGUCCGGUUCCAAAUUAACUCGCAAAACUGUAUUCACUGCAAGACUUGUGACAUUAAAGUGCCUACUCAGGAUAUCAACUGGCAAACCCCUCAAGGUGGAGAGGGCCCCAAGUAUAUCAUGACAUGA